GUCGGAAGAGCUCUUCUCCGGGGUGUGGAGCAAACCUUGAGCACAUCUUGAACCCGUUGGUAAUCGUGCUCCGGUUCUCAUUUCUAUUCAGGCUCCACAGCCUCGUGUCAUUUCACCUGCUGCACUCAGUCAACACCAACUCUCAAUCAUGAUGCAAUUGAGCACAGACGCCUACUUCCAUAAGCACUCUCUAAUGAACGUGAUGAACCGCUUCCUAGCUGCGGCUAACAAUAUGGACGAGACCAUCAUGGUACCCAGUUUGCUGCGGGAUGUCCCGUUGGAGGACCAGGACAGAGACCCCUCAGUCACCAACAAUAACAAGGCGCUAGUCCUUCCAAGCAAGCAGAGGGACAUGUAUGAGCAUUAUCUGCUGCUGAAAUCCAUUAAGAAUGAAAUGGAAUGGGGCUUGCUGAAACAAGAUCUGGGGAAUGGCAAUAGCUUCCUAGAAAAGGCAGUGAAGCAGGAGGAGCAGGUGCCCAAGGUGCAAACUGAAGAUGGUGCAGACUUGGAAAGCCAGUUCCACUUCCACCUCCAAGGACUCUUUGGUGUUCUGGCCAAGCUAACGGAUCAAGCUGAUAAUCUCACGAACUGUUACAAGAGAGAAAUUGGCUGUGUAAGCUUUUUAAGAUAGUUUAAUAUAGGCUUAACAUGGACUGCUUCUAAUACUUUCACUGGAAGUUUGGUGGACAAGAUAUGGACUUGUGGGGGGGGGGGAGGCCCAAUAUUUUGAGCAUAACAGCUUACUCUUGAGUGGUACUAGACCUAAGCAAAUUUGGCUACAACCACCUAUGCAUAUUGCUUUGAUGGGAGACUAAGAGAAGUACAGUUUAAGUGGCUAUGAAAGUAAUGAAUCGUGUUAUGAUACAUCAUGGCUGAUUAAAUCUCCAUUUCAAAGUGUAUAAUAGGGUUGUUUGUGUUAUUCCACCUGGCUUUAAAAUGGAACCUUGGUUACCAAGCCCUUCUAAACAGAUGUUUGAAAUAUGUUGGAGAGAACUUGAAUGCUGGUAAUUCUGUUUCUUCAGUCACAUCAACCUAAAUUCUCCCUUAGAGUUUUAAAGCGAGGCUUCUUUUAGUUGCUGCUCUGGUGCACUCCAGUCAGAAUGGGGGUGUGCCUUAUUUUGCGGUAUUGGAGAAAUUGACCUGUCUGUACUACUGUUCUUACUUAUUUUGAGAGAUUUUGUCUUUGCCCUAAAUUUCUACUUUUAUAUAAUGUAAUGUAAUAUGAAAUAGUAAAUAAAACACUUUUUAUAUGA